CUGUCUCUCUCUCUUCUGUCUCUUCUGUCUCUUCUGUCUCGUCUCACUCGUGCCACCCGUAUCAUCUCGAUAUCAUACCGCACCAUAGCAUAGACUAUCGCAGCAUAAAAUAGCACACCCUGCCGUCUCACUCACUCAGUCACUCCCUCCCUCCCUCCCCCCCUUCGCCCACAGUCACUUCCAGACAUCAGCAGCAACAUAAGCACCAAGACCCUGAGCUAACCCGCUUUCUUCUCUCAACGCACUCCCCGCACUCCCCGCACACACCGAGACAAGAAAGAAUGAUAUCCAUCCCAUCCGCCCCACGGGUCUUCCACCCCACCCUCGGCACCACCGCCACCAGUGCUGCCUCCUCUUCUCCUUCUUCUCCUUCUUCUACUACUGCCAUCGCCGCCACCGCUGUCUCCAUCGGGUCUAAUCACGCCUCAUCCAUUUCUCACACCUCCCUUCCAGACGCACUCAGCCGAGGCGAUGACCCUACUGCCGCCAACAGCAAGUCAACGGAAUGCAAGCGACCAACCCACUACCAUGUCCACUCUCAUUCCUCGCGUCAGGUCCAGCUCACGGACGAGAUCACAGCCAGGGACAUGGCCCUCUCCAUCAUCCAAGCACAGUAUCAUAUCUACCACACCGAUCUCUCCGGCUACCUCGCCGGUGGAGCCAUGGUCCAGGAUGUCCUCACGAAAUACGCCCUCGGAGGAACACCCAAGGACCUGCACCAGACCUACAAGCGCUUCAGACAGGACAAGGAGCGCAUCCCUCCCGCACCAACCAUCACCAUCACCACCCGCAACUGGCGCGACUGGCUUGGUCACAAGAGCUACUAUCACGACUACCUUGACUUCUUUGAUCAUGAGCUGCAACAGCUGGAAGAGGCGGCAUUGUUGAAACAAACCUCAACAUCUUCAUCAACAUCGCCGUCAACAGCAGGAGCAGCACUACAGCCAUUGACAACUUCGUGGUCAGUGUCUUCGCCCUCACCCAUGGAAGAGUCCAUGGCCAGGAUGGUUUCAGAUUACCUGACGCCACUAAUCCCUGGUCUGUGUGCCUCUACAGGACCACUGAUCCAUCUUGGCUAUGGAGUUGAGUUUGGAUCGCGUUUGGCCACAGCAGAGGGACUCGCCUACGCAUGUGUCUCGUAUCAGCCUGCAACCACAUGCUUCAUUCCUUCAUCAGCAUCCUCAUCCUGGGGAUCGACACCGUCCUCAAAGACAGGCUCAAGUGCAGUUCAGAAGGCAUCCCCCACAGUCGCUAUCUUGAAUAUGAUCAGGAACGACAAACGAUUGGAUGGCAUGUUCGAUGCUGGUUUCCAGGCCAAGCUGAAUGUCGUCAUGAGUUCCCGUGUGAGUCUUCUAAAGAGUUAUCUGGGCAUGUGGACAAGUCAAGUCCAUUCAGUGUCAGAGGCACUCUUGGAUCUCUCUCGAACGACCAGCUUAUUGCUCUUCACAGCGACGAAUCGGUUUGGAGACGAGCAGCAAUUGGACAAGUGCCUCGCCAAUAUCCUGCUUGCGACCCAUGCGGCCCGUUUCCUGGUCAAGAUACUGCCAUCGGAGCAGGAGAAGGAGCAACUGUUGAAGGCGAUCUGGAUGUCGUUGGUGGCGACCUAUGUGGUACAGGGUCGACCAAAGGUGACGGCUCGGUCUGGAUCGUCGUCAUUGCCUCUCAUGACCGAUGUGUGCCCGUUGGAGAAGCAGCAGGAGGAGGGACAUGGAUAUGGACAUGGAGAUGUGAUCUGUGAGGAGCCCGAGGAGCUUGAUGCGCAUGUGAGCCGAUGGAGGUCGCUUUCUAUGGAGUCCAUCCAUGCAGACCAUCCGACCGUUCCCAAGAUUGUGCGAUCGUUGUGGUGGGCUGAGCGCGAGCACGGAGAGUGCGGCGACUUGUUUUACGAAAUGGCGGUCCGUGCGAUUGGCGAAGACCCCGCUUCGGACGAGUCGACGGGGCCGGGCUUCUGAUUGGUCUUUGGAUUCUUCACAUCCCGUCCAUCUAUCCGCCCAUCUCUCUUUGCAUCCGCACCGUUUUGUACAUAGUAAACUUUUUUUUUCUGUCCUUCUUCAUCGUUUAUUGUCUAUUGUCUAUUGUCUAUCGUCUAUCGUUCAUCAUUCAUCGUUCAUCGCUCAUCGCUCAUUUAAAUAAAACUUCAGCCGACAACAGCGGCAGCAUUUUUCGUUGACAUGGUAAUGACGAUAGAUUUGUAGUCUAUCUUGCGUAGGUCAGUUAGUGGUUUUGCUGUUUUGCUGUUUUGCUGUGCGUG